AUGAUCGCUUCAUGUAUACCGUGCUCUCCUACCCCCGAUGGUGACGCGGAUGCACCAGUCCGAGAGACACGCACCCGCUCUAGACGUGUGCAGUUUGCACCCGAGAACGAGCAUGCCGAUGAGGACUUCAAGAGGGAGCUCCAGAGGGAGCUCGAGGAGCCACUCCAGUCCGUCCCCUCGGCUGCCCAGGGACCAACCAGCGAGGACGAGCCUCACUCUUUGGAGAACCCCGAGCGCUGGAACAUCCGGAGCCCCACCCCGGAGGAGCGUCUGGACUGGUACAUGGACGCGGCGCUGAAGGAGGUCAAGGGCGCCCGCGCCCUGCAGCUCGCAAGGGAGGACAAGCUGAGGCAGGCGGACCUGUGGAAUCUCCAGACUUUCGGGCAGCACAUGUAA